AUGAGUUUGUCGGCCCUCACCGCGAAACGUUCGUAUAGCAACGACCUUGGAAACGCUGCCAAGGACAACUCUAGCAUGAUCGAGUUCGAACCUUCUUUUCGAACUCCCUACCACUCCAUUCCAUCGGCGCUGUUGGCGUACCUGCAAAAGGACCCAUUUGACAUGAUGCACUUUCGAAUUUUGACCCGCUCCUUGGUCCCCAAAAGCCCAAACAACUCAUACAACGCCACGGCACUCCGGGACGCCGGUUUCUUCCGCAGCAACAUUCUCUUGGCCGCCAUGCACUAUUCUUGGAUCAAUGGUGGUCUCAGCGGAAUGGAGGAGACUUACAUCUACCACAAGAUCGAGGCGAUUCGACUGGUCAAUGAGCACAUAUCAGAUCCGGCAUGGACUGAACAGUGCGCCAACAUUAUUGCUGCUCUCGCAUUGGCGGAGAGCGGCAUUGGUGACAUUAUCGCAGCCGAAGCACACCUGGGUGGACUAUUAACGCUCAUCAACUGGCGUAAGCCGGACGAAUUACGGGGACGAUGGCACGGAUUAUUCCAGCGGCUGAUCCUGGUUGCUAGUACAUUUGUUGCUGCAUCCAAGAGCCACACGGCCUGGAAGCCCAGAGACACUCGCAGGGACGACUGCGAGAGGCCGGUCCUGCAGUUUGCAUAUCCGGACACCGCCAAUUUUAACGCAGCCGAGUUUGACGGUACGCAGCUGUCGCCAUUCUACUUUGAGAUGAAGCCUAAUUAUGGGGCUUCCAAUCCCGGCCUCGAGACCAUCUCAAUGACCAAUGCAUUGCAGAGAUUGUCUUCGUUGCCCGAUGAACCGAAACAAGCAGAGCAUGUUUACCCUUCCGGAUCACGAAAAGCAACACGCUCGGCUUCUUCCACGCACGCCAAUAGGCCUUCUUCGAUAAACACGCCCUUGACUGACUUUGUCAAGGAAAUCACCGUCGACCAAGAACUUACGCAGGUGCUGCUGCUGGAGACGGAAUCCUACUUGACAUGGCUUCUAUUUCGCCCGCAUGCGCCACCAUUUGCCAUGACGCUAGGGCGGCAGAUGUAUCAGCCGCCCGAGCGCCUCACGUCAAUGAACAGCAUCCCGCACAGUCAACCAGAGCUACGUGUGGGCGUCGACGAGCAUACGCUGGUAAUGGCAAUUUCAGUAGCUACCACGACGUCAACAGUACCAACAGCAACAACAACACCAGUGGAGGUAUAG